AUGGUGCAAAUUUCCACCUUGAGUACUUGUCUAUUCUAUUGGUUUGCUUUUUCUAUCCUUGUUGUUGCUUCUGUCUUGUGCUUUGGCUCUUGCAGUACCUAUGCCAUAACUGAGAAUGAGACUGACCGACUAGCCUUGCUUGAAUUCAAGGCCAAAAUAAGCCAUGAUCCUUUCAUGGUUUUCAGCUCAUGGAAUGCAACCACCCACUUUUGCCUCUGGUAUGGUGUUACAUGCGGUCAUCGACCCCAGAGGGUCAUUGAGUUGCGCCUACCAUCUCUGAAGCUCGUGGGCUCUAUAUCUCCUUUCAUUGGAAAUAUGAGCUUUCUAAGGAUUCUACUUCUCCAAAACAAUAGCUUCGGACAUGAAAUCCCUCCACAAAUAGGUCUUUUGCAUCAACUGAAGAUAUUAUUUUUGAAUAACAAUUCGAUGGUGGGCAGAAUUCCUCUCAAUUUAUCCAAUUGCUCUAACAUCGAACGCAUCGGACUUUCUUAUAACCAAUUUGUUGGAGAUAUUCCUACUGAGUUUACCCUCUUGUCAAAGCUUCGAAGAUUUUACGCAGACAACAACAGACUAACAGGAGGUAUUCCUCCAUCUCUUGGGAACUUAUCUUCACUUGAAGAACUUUAUGUAUCAUCUAAUAAUUUAGGUGGGAGUAUUCCAAAUGCACUAGGCCAACUCAGAAAUCUUACAGAUUUUGCACUUUAUGACAAUAAGCUUUCAGGUACCAUCCCUCCAUCAAUCUUCAAUCUCUCUUCCAUUAGACUUUUUCAUGUAGGAGAUAAUCAAUUGCGAGGGACUCUUCAGUUGGAGUUGGGCAUAACUACUCUUCCUUAUCUUCUAGACUUCUCCAUUGCCUAUAACCAAUUUACUGGUUCCAUUCCUCCUUCAAUAUCCAAUGCUUCAAAUUUGGAGGUACUUCAAAUUGCAUCAAACAAAUUUACUGGAAAUGUGCCUUCUUUGGAAAUGCUACAUAGGCUAAAAAUAUUUACUGCUUUUGAAAACAACUUGGGAAGUGGAGAAGCUGAUGACUUGAGUUUUAUCUGCUCUUUGACCAAUGCCACCAUGUUAGAGGUUUUGGCAAUAAAUAUCAACAGUUUUGGUGGUAUCUUACCCGAAUGCAUUGGUAACUUGUCAUUGACCCUAAGAAUGUUUUCAAUAUCUCCCAAUGAAAUAGCCGGAAUGAUUCCGAGUGGAAUCUUGAAUCUUAUCAACUUAGAAUUAUUAAACUUGAGUGGGACCAAAGUGUCAGGUAGCAUUCCAGCUGCUAUCGGUAGGCUUCAUAGGUUAAAGCAUCUGGAUCUAUCGCAAAACAAUCUCUCCGGCAGCAUCCCACACUCUCUUGGAAAUUUAACUUUGUUACUUAAACUUAAUUUAGCUAGAAAUAACCUUGGCGGAAGCAUCCCAUCAAGUCUAGGUAAUUGCAAAUCUUUGAUUGGACUAGAUUUUUCUGGUAACAAUCUCUAUGGUUCAUACCCACAGGUCUUUGGUCUCUCAUCUCUAUCAAUUGGCCUAGGCUUGUCCCAGAAUCAUCUUACGGGUCCACUUCCCAGGGAAGUUGGAAAUCUUAAGAAUAUAGGUAAAUUAUUUAUCUCAAGGAACAUGUUAUCUGGUGAAAUUCCUAGCAGUCUUGGCAGUUGCACUAUGCUAGAGUUUCUACAGAUGAGCGGAAACUUCUUCCAAGGAACUGUUCCGCCAAGUUUUAGCUCUUUGAGAGGACUUCAAGAAUUAGACCUUUCUCGGAGCAAUUUAUCAGGAAAAAUCCCUGAAUUUCUUGCGGAUUUGAAGUCCUUGCAGUUUUUAGAUAUAUCAUACAACAAUUUUGAGGGGCCAGUGCCAACAGAUGGGGUUUUCAAGAAUUUAAGUUCAGUUUUAGUUGUAGGGAACGAUCAACUAUGUGGGGGAAUCCCUGAGAUCCACUUGCCUAAAUGCAACUUCAAAGAGCCUGGGAAUACAAAAUUGACCUCAACCUGGAAGUUAAUAAUAUCUACAGUUUUGGGGCUACUAGGAGUAACUUCGGUUCUGUACCUUUUGCAUGUUUCUUGGUUGAGAAAGAAACGAAAAGUGUCAAUAUCAAGUUCUUCAGGAAAUUUGCUUUUGAAUAUAUCUUACCAAAGUCUCCUAAAAGCCACUGAUAGAUUCUCUUCAGCAAAUUUGGUUGGUGUGGGUGGUUUUGGAUCAAUCUAUAAAGGAAUUCUUGAUGAGGGUGGAACUAUAAUUGCUGUCAAGGUCCUCGACCUUUUGCGCCAUGGAGCCUCCAGAAGCUUUCUUGUUGAGUGUGAAGCCUUGAGAAACAUCAGACAUCGAAAUAUUGUAAAGAUUCUUACAGUUUGUUCAAGUGUUGAUUAUUGUGGUAAUGAUUUCAAGGCUCUAGUUUAUGAGUUCAUGGUCAAUGGAAGCCUUGAAGAAUGGUUGCAUCCGACUGCUACAAAACAUGAAGUGCAUCAGGACCAAAGAAAUCUAGAUCUUUUCAGGAGGUUGGAUAUCGCCAUUGAUGUUGCGAGUGCAUUGGAAUAUCUACAUUAUCAAUGCCGGACACAAAUAAUUCAUUGUGACCUAAAGCCAAGCAAUGUUCUUGACAAUGAAAUGAUUGGACACGUGAGUGAUUUUGGGAUAGCAAUAGUAUCUCCUCGAAGCAACCAUAGCUCUUCUACCACUCACUCCAGCACUAUUGGAUUAAGGGGAACCAUUGGUUAUGCUGCUCCUGAGUACGGUAUGGGAAAUGAGGUGUCAAUCCAUGGUGAUAUGUACAGUUAUGGUAUCCUUCUAUUAGAAAUGUUCACAGGAAAGAGACCCAUUGAUGACAUUUUUCAGGGCACUCUAAACCUACAUUCCUUUGUCAAGACAGCCUUGCCUCAAGGAGUAAUAGAGAUUGCGGAUCCAAUUCUCUUUCAAGAAAGGGAAGAAGAGACAACUACUGAAAAUAGCCAAAAUUACAACAUUAGAAGAAGAAACAAAAUUCAAGAGUACCUAGUUUUGAUUUUUCAGAUUGGAGUUGCAUGUUCUGUUGAACAGCCAGAAGAACGAAUGAACAUGAGAGAUGUUGUAGUCGAGCUUAAUUUAAUAAAAGAAAAGCUUCUUCAGAGUGGAACACAGAUCAAAAGUAGAGGCAAGCAGACAAUAGAUGGACCAUAA